AUGGCACGUACGAAGAGGACUGCGAGACUAGCCAAUCAAAUCCGCAAUCUCGUCGAUAUCGUUAAAGCGGCGAAGGAGUAUUCGAGAACAAGUAAGAAAUCAAAACCUCCGGACAAACAAAUGGCUCCAAUUAGAAGUAACAAGAAUAAAAAGGAUAAGAAUGUCUUGGUAACUCCUCCAUCCAGACCUCCCCGCAACCAAAAAUACCUAAAUGCGGGUCUAUUACGAGGAAAAACACCGAGUGAGGUAGCCUUAAUUAUCCGUGAACCCAUAGAAUCAUGUGUUGAUUCCUCUGAAUCGUCGUCUUCAUCAUCUGUUGUUAUAUCUACAACCCCAAGCGAUGAAGAAGAAGUCGCGGAACAUGAAGAAAUUCCUUUAGGAGGUGAAUAUGUUGCUUAUGAUGAUGAGGAGGGUGGGGAUCAAGGUAACGGUGGUGAUGGAGGGAAUGGUGAUGAUGGUGGUGAUGGAGGGAAUCGUGGUAAUCGUGGUAAUGAGGUGGCAGAGAUUGAGGAAGAGGGGGAUCAAGGUAAUGAUGAGGAUGCAGAUGGAAAUGGUAGUGGUAGCGGUGAUGAAGAGGGGGAGGAGGAGAAUGGUAAUGAAAGAAAUUAUGGUGGUGGUAGUGAUGAGGAGUAG